AAACGUCAUGUUUACUAUCUGUUAACUGUUCAUUUAUGUUUACAUCAGUUCAAGUAUCAAGUGCUACUCUUAAAGAUGGAUCAAGUACAGUUUCUGGACAACUACAAGUUGUAAGUGGUGUAAGUAAGACACUGACAUGUGAGACAAGUGUCAGCAGACCAGCAGCUACAAUAGUAUGGUAUAUUGGAACACAAGAGAAACAAAGAUCCACCUCUAAAACCUUCACGUUCAAACCACAGAACAGUGAUCAUAGCAAACAGGUCUACUGCAAUGCCUUUAACACACAGCCUGAGAGUCAAGCUGCUGUCACUUCAUAUAAAUCAACGCUUAAUGUGCAAGUUCAAGUAUCUAGUGUUACACUCAAAGAUGGAUCAAGUACAGUUUCUGGACAACUACAAGUUGUAAGUGGUGUAAGUAAGACACUUACAUGUGAAACAAGUGUAAGCAGACCAGCAGCUACAAUAGUAUGGUAUAUUGGAACACAAGAGAAACAAAGAUCCACCUCUAAAACCUUCACGUUCAACCCACAGAACAGUUAUCAUAGCAAACAGGUCUACUGUAAAGCCUUUAACACACAACCUGAGAGUCAAGCUGUUAUUUCAUAUAAAUCAACGCUUUAUGUUACAGUAUAUGCAGCAACACCUACACUAACCAACAAGACAACUGGUAGUAUGAUAUUGCUAGAGAAUGAUCCCAUCACUAUGGAAUGUAUAACAUCAGCAACAAGACCAGCUGCCACAGUAACAUGGUGGAAAGGUUCAUCUAGCCUAACAAACAUAAAUAACACAAAUAUUAAUAAAGGAAAUCUUAUUUCGGUGAAAAGUGUUGUAUCAUUUACACCUAGAAAAGUUGAUAACAGAAAAGUUAUUUCAUGUCAGUCUGUUGUAUCAGGACAAGACAACAGACCCAGUGCACAACAGACUAUAACAGUGUAUUGGCCUCCAGCUACUCCAUCUAUACCAACAUCAGAAUUUCCUUUCCUAGAAAACCAGACAGGAAGAAGCAUUUAUUGCUCUUCUCAAGAUUAUGGUAAUCCAGCAUCUACAGCAAGAUGGAAUAAACAAUAUGGUACACCUGACAACAGUGAUUCUAGAAGACUAAAUUUACCAACUAUGACGUCACAGAUGGAUGGUUCUUCUGUAUUUUGUCAGCUUGAUAAUAAUUUUACACAGGUCAAAGGUUCAACUAUAAAGUCUCCACCUGUGAAAUUAGAAGUGGAAUAUAAUCCAAUUACCCACAUUAUGGUAGAUGGAAUAAUUUCGGAGUCUGUGACAAGAAAUGAGGGUCAGACAUUGUCAGCAUUGUGUAAUGCCACAGGAAAUCCAACACCAACAGUAAAAUGGAUUGGGCAGAGCCUGAGCAGUUCCAGUUUAUUAUUUCAUGACAUUGAUCGCAACAAUCAUGGAAGAUAUACAUGUAGAGCUGAGGCGACCUCGGAAAUAUAUCGAAACCAUGAUUUUGUUACAGAAACAAUUAUUGAUGUAAUUGUUAAUUAUCCCCCAAACGUAUCAGUGCUUCUAAGUAAAUUCGAUCCUGCAGAAAACAUAAGUUUACAAAUAAGCUGCCAUGCUACUGGACGACCAGCCAAAUAUACAUUUACAUCAAUGGUGCAGACAUGGAGAGGAAUAAGGAUUUCAAAUACACAUUUACCAGGAGAUAGACAUUUUAAUGGCAUUAUCAACAUUCCGAAACUCACGCUUGAAGAUAGUGGGACAUAUACUUGUCAUGUGAAUAAUGGUAUAUCUGACAGAUAUCAGCAACUUAACCAGAUUGGCAAAACUGAUGUUUCAGUCAAAGUUUCUCCUAAAGUCCUUCUAGAGGAUGGUUAUAUAUUUGUUGGAGCGCCAGGAAAGUCUGUAAAUAUAACUAUACCAUUCUUUAGUUAUCCAGCCAUAAAGGAAGUGAAUUUUCAAUUUCAAAAUGGAACAGUAAUCAGGAACUCUAAUAAGUAUACAAUAUCUUACACACGUAAAAAUGUGACAACGAAAUUCUAUGAUCAGACAGUGGAAUUGGAAGGAUAUAUUGCAAUACUGAGAAUAGAGAAAGAAGAACAAAAAUACUUUGUUAAUUACACCCUAUUGCUUAAAAAUGGCAUAGGAGAACAGACAAACUGGAAUAUACAUCAUAUAUCAGAAAGUGUGCCAUUAGCUCCAACAUCGAUAUACUAUACUGGAUAUGUUGAUGGAUUUUACACUUUUCUUUUGAUUGGAAAUUUUAAUGGAGGACGACUUCAGACAUUUGUGAUAGAAACCUCAAUACCACCUUCUACAAAAUGGAAUGAAAUUUUGCGAUUCAGUGAAAAAGACAAGGCUUUUCGAGAAGUUGAUGAUAACCUUUUUAAAUUCAACUUGACCGGACUUGUACCAAAUACCUACAUUCUUAGAGUGUUAGCUGAAAACACACUGGGUCGGGUAAAUACCACCCUUGCUCCAACGGUCAAGUUUACUGUUUAUCUGCCAUCAGGGAAACAAAAUAUUGAUAAGAACGUGUCUGAAAAUACAGGCGCUAUUGCCGGAGGAUUGACUGCGACUGUUAUUGCAGUAAUUGUUAUUGUCGUUAUCUCUGUCAUUAUUGUGAAGAAAAGGAAAUCUAAACAAGAAGGAGACAAAACAAUUACAGAAACUGAAGAAAGAUUAACAUAUGAAAGUCUUCAAACGGUAUCUGAAGCUCAAACAACAUAUUCUUCGUUAUCAUAUGCAACAGAUCCCAAGAGGCGACAAGACGACAAAAUAUACGAAAAUUUGCGGAUGCAGCAGACGUCAUUAUCUACACUCUAAAACUAUGUUGAUGAAGGAGGUUUUGCAUCAUUGACAUGAACAAGCGUAUAAAGUAAUCAAAUAUCUCAGGUUCCCAUAAAGACAAAUUUUGAAGGAGUUAAUGCGUUCCAGACUAAAAAAGGAAAUUCCAGAUGUCCUUUUUCCGGGGGUCGACCUGCAGGCCCUUUUUCAGCAACAAAUUUACAUGCAGAGAGAGAUAUAUAGUAGAGAGAGGAAAUAGGGGAAUAAUUCCCCUAUCUUUUAAACCUCAGACGAAACGCAUUGUACCUGUCCGUUCGUCGGAUAUAUGACUAUCAUUUUAAAAGUGUUUAUCUUCUAAGGAUAAUGUUGGAAAUGGUUGUUCGGAGUUAUUUGAUGAAUUCUCUUACUUUUAAAUCGGUCAAUAUUACAGUCAUGUACGCGGAUUACAUCUCUUUUAAUUGUAGACGUUCAAUAUGUUUUUAAAUAUGAAAAAGUAGGGUUAAAAAUAACACAACUAUCUGAUCAUUUUUAGAUUCGUGUUUUCAUACUUUUGUUUGAGAAUAUAUUGUAGAGAGAGAAAAAAUACAUCCAAUAUUAAUUUGUAUACAAUAAAAAAAAUAAUGGGCUAUAUAACAUAUUACAUUUAUCUGUAAAUAAUUCAUCUUACUGUUAAAGACAUGAAUAUGUUUAUCACAUAUCUAACCGUGCACGUUUGAUUAUUUAAGUAAAAUAGAAAACUUUUUAAAAAAUCGUUUAGCAUAUGUUGAACCUAAUUCUUAAGUAUUAAUGUAGUGUUAAGCAUGUGUUUUAUUAUACACUUUCGAAAAAAUAAUAUUCAGAAGAAUCUAUGAAAUGAAAUGUGUUUUUUUUUAAUUUUCGUAUUUUUCUAUGUAUUAGUUUACUUUUACUGCAAUGUAACAUAUUUUACGUACUUAUCACUGGUGCCUUAACCACUUUCGUCAAUAUUCAUAUUAAAAAAAAUAAAAAAAAAAUAAAAUUUAAUGUAAUUGCGGUAAUCAUUUUAAAACAGAGAAAACUAUAAUUAAUAGAAAUUACAUUAUUUUUUCCAAAAUUACUGGAUUAUUAUCAAAUUAUUAUAUCUUACAUGUGUCUACAACCAACAAUUGGUGAAAUAUUUAUGUCAGUAUCACUUGAUGAAAUAAAACACGUAAUUAUAGAUAAAACUUCAUAUCCUCUUUUCAUUAUAUUCUUGAAUAUCCUUAAUAUAAAUUCUGAAAUAUUGAGAAAUAUUUAUUACAUAAACAUGAGUGGUUCCGUUUAAUUUAUUUUUCACUACUGUAACAGUGAAAUUAUUUCCAUAUUGUCACUGGUGUCUUGCAGGAUUACAUUCUUCUAAAGUCAGCCAAAUCACAUAAUUAUAGGGUAGUCUUUCAAAUGUUAAUGCCGAACAUAAGAAAAAUGUACGCUAUAAACAGAAAAUUCUAGUUUUUUUUCUAUAAAUACAGGAUUAAAUUUCACAUUGUGGCAUGAAAGUUAUGAUAUAUCACUAGUCGCGAAAUUUCUAUUUUCAUACUAGUUUCAAUCGAUAAAAAACAAAUCUGUAUUUAUUGAAAAGAACUGAAACAUCACCUAUAAAACAAAUGAAAAUUUGGUCGUCACUUAUCUUUUUAUUUUUAUUCUUACUUACUGUACGAUAUAUGUGUAACUAUUGUUCAAUAUAUGUUUGUUAAUUGCUAAAAAUAAAACAACAAAAAUAAAUAAGCAAAGUGUGAUGAAAUGAAGUUUGUCAGACAAUCAAUAAAAUAAUCGUUCAUAUCCUAAAAUCCAGGUACUGUGUGAUAUCUAGUUGAUUUCGUCUAUCGCAUGUGUUGUUUUGUGUUGUUUUAUUUUUCACAUAUCUGAAAACAAAUAUUGAAACAACGUUAAAUUGUUUUAUAAUACAACUUAGUUUUACCUUUAUCAUUUUUUUUAUUGAUUACAAGCAUUAAAAUGAAAUAAAGAUGCAGUUUGUAAUUAUAAAAGCCCUCUUGUCUCAGAUU